UCUUAUGAGUGUGAAGCAGGAUGUGCUUGAGUGCCAAGGGGCUCAGCUCGGUGAGGCCAAAUCAAAUGUUCUCCGCAAACUGCUUAAAAGGGGCAGCUCAUAUGAAGAUAACAUGAUACCCUUUUCUGGUGCCACUAUCAUCACGAACCUACUGAAGAGCAAUAAGGCAAUGAGAGGAACAGGAGGCAGGGAGUCAGUGAUCCCCAGGAAAGCAGAACCUGAACUAGUACAGGAGGACACUUGCAGCAACUCAUCCCAGGAGAGCUCUGAAGAGUGUCUCUCACCAUUUGGAAAAAUCUCACUGGACCACUUGGACUCUGAGCGGCUAAAUGAAGAGCACCUUCGGGCCAAGCGUGCUCGUGUCGAGAACAUAAUUCGUGGAAUAAACCACUUACCAAAUGUGAUGGCAACCUCUAUCUCUAGUGGAAAGGAUUGUGAGCGGGAGUUAGAGGAAGAGACCAACAUUACUGCACAGUCUGUCAGCCCAAGAGAAAGCAAUCGAGAGUGGGAGAGAGAGGGAGGAAAAAUUAUUAUCAGUAGGAGGAGGAUGGCUUUAUUUAGGUGGUUUGUUUACAUAAAUAAGCAGAAGAAUUUUGAAGAACGCAGGCAGCUGAAACUACAGCUGGAAGACAUGCAGAAACAGCUGAAACAGCUUCAAGAAAAGUUCUUCCAGAUCUAUGACAGCACAGAUUCAGAAGCAGAUGGAGGGACUCUCUCAGAAGACAGUGCACGAUCUAAUGGGAUGUUAGGUGAUGGUGGCAUCAGUGAAUAUCUCAUUCAAAAUUCUGUGGCUGAUCGAUCUGAUAAUGAGAUAGCAGACUUGGAUCCAAGAUGCUUUCUGGAUGAAGCGAAUUCCCUGCACCGUGAACAAGUAUUGCUGGAUGGAGAGAUGGCCAAACAGGAAGGUUCUUUGAGGAACAAAGGUUUGAUGUCUAUGCAUGAAGCAGGCAAACGUCUGGCAAAAACCCUUAAGCAGGAGCUAAACUCUGCCAUGUCUCAAGUGGUAGACACCGUGGUGAAUGUUUUUUCGAAACCUCCACAGCCACCGUUACAAGUAUUCCCAUCACUCCCAGCAAAUGAGGACCACUUUGCUUUUAACGGGGACAACCCAAACUUCCACACUGCUAAUGAGAGACUGCAGUGCUUUGGUGAUGUUAUCUUUCCAAGCCCACUUGACCCGUUUGUCGGGGUCCGUCUUCCUCGUGCCAACGAUCAGACGGAGGCACUACCACUGGUAGUACGAAAGUCUGCAUCUGAACACCACCAGUCCUCAGAUUCUGGAGCUCAGAAUGGUCACCCUCAUCCCUCCUUACACCCUUCUUCUCUUUCUGGAAACACAGGCUUCAUCUCCCCAUCAUUCCGUCACCCAUUUUCAUUUCCUCUUGUGGGUUACUCAUUUCAGAGCACACUUGGUGCCUCAUCAACAGGAUAUUCUAGUAAAGACUCUCCUGGCUUAACGGAUCUGUCAAGGGAGACCACCAGCUUACGAACAAAAAUGGCUUCUAGCCAGCAUCUGAUGCUCAAUCAUUCUUGCUCACCAGUUCUCCCAGGAAGCACUGCUGAAGGGCUGUCACUCAUCAAAUCUGAAUGUGGGGACCUCCGGGACAUGUCAGACAUCUCUCCAUACUCAGGCUGUACAAUCCAGGAGGGACUGUCCCCAAAUCACCUGAAGAAGGCCAAACUGAUGUUCUUCUACACGCGGUACCCAAGCUCCAGCAUGCUCAAGAUGUACUUCUCAGAUGUGAAGUUUAACAGGUGCAUCACGUCUCAGCUGAUAAAGUGGUUCAGUAACUUUAGAGAGUUCUACUACAUCCAGAUGGAGAAGUUUGCCAGGCAGGCCAUAAAUAACGGUGUGGCAGCAGUUGAUGAUAUCAUUGUGAGCCGUGAUUCAGAGCUCUACAAAGUGCUCAACAUGCACUACAAUAAAGCAAAUGAUUUUGAGGUCCCUGAACGUUUCCUGGAGGUAGCUCAGAUAACAUUGCGUGAGUUCUUCAGUGCUAUAGUGGCUAGUAGAGAUGUGGAUCCAUCAUGGAAGAAGGCCAUUUAUAAAGUUAUCUGCAAACUGGACUCUGAGGUUCCAGAGAUAUUUAAAUCGGCCAAUUGUCUUCAAGAACUCUUGCAAGAGUAAUGUGUUAAAAACUUCAUAGAAUUUUUUUCAAAUGUAUAUUGAUAAUUUGAGAUGCAGGAUUUUACCUGUUUUUUUCUGCCUUUUCACAAUUUAAUGUAUUAUAUGAAGUAGCAUUAUAUUUAUUGUUUUUGUUUUUAUUUUUUCAUUGGGUAACCUUUACUGUGUCUCUCUACAGUCCAUGCAGGCUAUUGAUUGUGAAUCUCACAGUCCUGGGGCCUCGAUUACAAAAUGUGCAUAUACACAGAUUUGAUUUUAGAGUGUGCAUACACUAAAAUACAUACCAACAUUCAAAUUACAGAGGAAAAGUGCUUAGUGCCACAUCAGGGUAUAAUCAGAUGUAUGCACUUUUCCUUGUGGUACAGCCAGAGUUCUGCAAGUAUUUGGAUAUGUAAGCAAUUCUUAUUGCUCGCCAUACUCAAGUAAAGGAUUUGGACAUUGACUGAUGCUCUGUUAGAUCAGUGGUUCUCAGUUCAGCCUCGUUCAGACUGUCAGCUCAAAUCCAGUUUUUGUGCAUAUCCAAUUUGAAUCCGAUCAUAUUUAGAUCGAAUAGCUAUCCGAUUGUGAAAAGACCAGGUGUAAAUGCCCUCCGAAAAGCAUUCGAGACGGAUAUAAAACGGAUCGCUCAAACCACUUCAGGAGGUGGUCUGGGAUGCAUUCCAGAUGAAACUGGACAAGUGUAAAUGCAUCUAGAUGUUGAAAAAAUCUAAUUUGGACUGACAAUCUGACCAAGGCAUCAGUCCUGGCGACCACCCGCUCUGCAUAUUUUGCAUGUUUCUCUCAUUUAACAAACCUGAUUCAGAUAACAAUCUCCUGUCAAGAUAACAAGAUCCUUCAGAUAACAUGGCCCCUACACAGUGUUUAUUGCUCCCAAGUUUACUUUACUUCGGAACAUUCAUUCACAGAUUUUCACUAUGCCACUGCCUGCUGCAUCUUCACACACAGACUAUACUCAUAAGAAGUGUGACUUAAUAUACCUCAUACAAAUUAUAUAUAAUAAUAUACCAAAUACAAAUUAAAUUCAUGUCUCACACUCUUUAAAACCCUAUGAAUGGAAUAUAUUUGCUCUCUUCAAAUUAGAAUCAUGGUGUUAUAUCCUGUGAAGUCCACGCCACAGGGCACUAACGGUCAAAUAGUAUAAACGUCUGACAUAAUAAGAGAUACAUACAGAGCCGGGGGUCAUGAGGAUUGAUGAUCAAAUGUAUGACAGUUUCUACGCAACAUUUUAUAAAAGAGGCCCCAGGGGUCUAAUUCUUUGUACCUCACUUAAUACAUCUGAAAUGAUUUGACCUGUGCCAGAUCUUCUUGUUAUAACUGAUCUCUGGCUAAUUUGUUUUUUUUUUAUGAAUUUGCAGAUUUGAUUUAAAAUAUCUGGAUUAGGAUUAGGAGAUUACGGUGCACCCUGUUGAUCACAAAGGGCAAAUAUGUUUAUAAUCAAAAACCCUGCAAACAAAAACCCUUCAAAUGGCAAUGGUGACAUGAGCAAAUAUAUAUAAAAUAACUCUGCUUUGCUGAAAAUACAGGAUUGUGUUAAAUACAGUAGCUUAAACAUUGCCACUGAAUCAGUAUGUAAUCAGUGACACUGAUUAUAUACUAUAUCACUGUAAAAAACUGUGCUAUAAAAUAAUGGUAAAAUACUGGUAGCUGUGGUUGCCAACAUUGUACUGUUAAUUUACAGCUCUUCAUUGUUACAGUAUGUUACGGUUAUUAUACCAUGUGGUAACUCAUUUCAUUUGGAAACCGAUUGUUUCAAACCAUUCAAGUUUAAAAAACGAAUGUUUAUAUGGUGUUAGUACAGUGAACUUUUUUCAUUUGAGUACACUAAGAAAUAUUUCUUACUAUAAAACCACAAACACAAAGUAUAAUAAUAAAGCAACCAAAACAUGACUUUUAGUCAAAUCUUCAUGGAUUGUCAUUAACUAGCACACAUUUAUAUACUAAAAUGCUUAGUAAAGAAAUCAUCACUGUAUUACAACUCCACACUUACUGUCUUUUAAUAAAGCAGCAGAACAUCAGUGUUUGUGGCUCAUCAUUGACUGAAGCACAGGCUCUAAUCUCCAGCACAAUGGUGACCCACAAAACUACAUUAACAGAUCUCUCUUUUGUAAAAAAACACAUUAAUACAGUUCAGUUCAAUAUUUACUCUCUUUAUCAGUUUGUCUAUAAACUUUUUUCUAUGAAUAUUCACUAAUAUUUCAGUGAAAUUAACUUGUUUUGUUUGGUAAAUCUGACUUGUGUUUUACUGUAUAUUGCUGUUUUUUCCAUGAAUUAAACUGGCAGCUUUGGUUGCCAACAUGUUA